AUGGACGAUGACGGGGUCUGGGAUUGCAGACCUCUGACUAGAGCCGAUGAUGGGAGUGGCCUAUGGAAGCUGGAGCGCGGCUCCGGGCUUGACGCCUCUGAGGCAGAUAGCGUCAAAGACGGCAAGACCAGGGAGGUGGAUCUUGACGCAGAGGGAGAUGUCUUGAAGCCUUAUCCGGUCGAGAAGGAAGACGGCCAAUGGAAAUGGGUGUCGGCCAGCAAACAGACCAACGCCUACCCGCAGGCCAGUGUGCUGCCCGAGGAGCCUUUGACGGGAUACUGGGAACGGAAGUUGCUCGCUUUGACUGCGGGAAAUCCCGACGUGUGGAGGUGGGCGGAGGAGAAUCCACCCUUUGGCUUGAUCUAG